AUGACACAAGAUGAGGAAAUUUCCACAAAGACAGUUUCAGUUUUGCACAGUCUACCAAUGAAUAUGUCCAACUGUAACACUGUAACCGAGUUCCUCCUCCUGGGGUUCUCUGACACUCGGGAGCUGCAGGUCUUACACUUUGUCAUCUUUCUAGCAGCAUACCUAGCAGCCCUGGUGGUGAACCUACUUGUUAUCACUGUUGUAACAAUGUACCACAACUUCCACAAACACAUGAACUACUUCUUGGUAAAUUUAUCCAUCCUUGACCUUGGAUCCAUCUCUGUUAUCAUCCCCAAGUCCAUGGCCAAUUCUCUCUUAAACACCAGGACAAAAUCCUAUUCUGGAUGUGUGACCCAGGUCUUCUUCUUCUCACUCUUUUGUAUAGCUGAUCCUGCCUUCCUCAGCAUCAUGGCAUAUGACCGUAUGUUUCAGAGAGAUGUUUCAGAUGCAAAGCUGGGCUCUCACAGAAGACUUAAGACAUCCCUGGUUUUUGACGAAGGAUUUUAUGCAGUGAAAUUCAAGAAUUUGACUCUAAAGGAAAGGGUUGAUUUCUUAAUCUCUUCGGGACACUGCUGCUUGGAUGGGAUGGGUAUGACUAACCAGACUUGUGUGAAGGAGCUAGUGUUGCUGGGAUUUUCAGAUUUCCAAGAAAUGCAGACCCUGCUCUUUGUUCUGGUGUCUAUCUCUUAUGUGGCAGCCCUCACAGGGAACAUGCUAAUAGUAUUCCUUACUCUAAGGGACCCUGCCCUUCACACCCCCAUGUAUUUCUUUCUUGGGAAUUUAUCCUUUUUGGAGGUCUGCUAUACAUCUGUAAUCCUCCCCAAGAUGCUGGUGGAUCUACUGUCUGGAACCCCAACAAUCACUUUAACAGGCUGUGGGGGACAGAUGUUUUUCUUCAAUAUCUUGGCUACUGCAGAAUGUUUCCUCCUCUCUGUUAUGGCGUACGAUCGAUAUGUUGCCAUAUGCAAGCCCUUGCAAUACACCCUUAUUAUGAGUCGUAGAAUCUGUGCUCAGAUGUCUGCCUUUUCAUGGAGUUUUGGCAUUUUACUGGCUAUUUGGCAAUUUUAUACAAUAUUCACAAAGCCCUUUUGCGGGUCAAAUAAAAUCAGCCAUUUCUUCUGUGACAUUGUUCUUGUGAUGCAGUUGCCUUCUGCAGAUACCUACACGAAUGAAGUUGUUGUUACCACCCUUGCUGUGCCUUUCCUGCUUAUCCUCUUGUCCUAUGUCCUUAUUAUCUCCUCUAUUCUCAAGAUGCCCUCAGCUGAAGGCAGACACAAAGCCUUCUCUACCUGCUCCUCACACCUCAUUGUGGUUUCUCUUUUCUAUGGAACAGGAACAGUUGUUUAUUUGCAACCUAGUUCAGCCCAUACUCAGGGCAAUGACCGGUUCUUUGCCCUGAUGUAUACAGUGAUGACACCCGUGUGUAAUCCCAUUAUUUACAGCCUACGGAACACGGAGAUUAAAAGUGCCUUCAAAAAAUCAAUUGGCAGGAAACUGUUCCCUCAUAUAAGGUCUUUAAAAGGAUUCUGA